AGGAAGAGCGAGACUAUUAAAGCAAACCGCUCGGAGUCGGGGCAGCAGUUCAGUAUCGAAGCGACUGUCAGACAGGUGGAGUUGUAACAAAGCUUUCAGAAUGGCAUACGAAUCCAGCAGUAGCGAGUGCCUCUCCAUGAUGCAAACCAACACUACCCAUUUCGACCUGGAGCUGGAAUGUCCUUUUAAGUCCCAGAUUAAAUAUACAGCAAUGCAACAGUUGGUCACCCUGGUCAUCACUGUGGGAAGGCUAAAAUCCUACAGAAGGAAGGUCACCAAACCGUUGAGCGACACAGAUUUAGUCCGCUUUCUCAUGGAUCAGGAAAUUCUAGAGGAGAAAAAAGUCCAGGAAGUCACCAGCAGCAACCCUUUUGAGAGUGAAAGCAUCUUUUCCCAAAACCAGAGCAACAUUCUGCACUCCAUCAGGGACUUGGAGCAGAAAUGCUGGGUGGUCCGGCAGUUCUCUGACCAUUCUGACCUGAUAGCUGUGACUCUGCAGGGCCCCAACCUCAAGCGUGAAGUUAAACUGAAUCUCUCCACUUACCGGCUUGUAAAUCCUUCAAAGAUGCAGCCUGUCAUUUUAGGAAUCGCAGGUACAAAGCUGUACUUGUCAUGUGCUAAACCUGCGGACACCCCUGUACUGCAGCUGGAGGAGGUAGAUGACAGCAGUCAACUGCAGAUCAUUGACUCUAAUUCUGACAUGGUUCGUUUUCUCUUCUACAAGCAAGAGAGUGGCUCGACCACACAAUUUGAGUCAGCCCUUUGUGAAAGCUGGUUCAUCAGCACAGAUUUUGAUGAGCGGAAGGAGGUGACGCUAUGCCACAUGGAAAACCAAGUGCAAGAACGCAACACUAGGUUCCUGAUGUUUCGUUAAGAAAUCUCCCCACAAAAGGAAUCCACCUCUUUAAGAAACCAGCUGCUGGUUUAUAAAUAAAAACUAAAUCAAAGUAUGUACAAAGUACAAAAUGUAAAGGAAAAAUGAAUGUAACUGCACUUAUGUAUAUGUGCCUGUCAGGGAGGGUGCUCAGGUAGCAAAGGACAAUUCUAAUAAAUCCCUCCAUUAAAUGAAAGAACUGACAGACUUAGACGGGCACGUAUCACAGAGUGAUCCUUUAGUGUUCUACUUUUUUGAAAGUAGCAUCAAGAUCUUCUAUUUUGUAAUUUAUUUUUAUAUGACUUAUUUAUUAUCUUUGGUUUACUUGCUUGCAAGUCAGUAUUUCUAGUGUAUUUAAUUUCACACAUUCUUUUUUCUCCUGGAACAAAUCUGUCUUAUUUAAAUGUUUUAUUUAUGAAUAUCUUGUACUGUAUAGCACUGUUUAAUAUGAAAAUGUUUUAACAGCCUUUAUGUGGGAUGCAAGGAAAUGUAAAACUGAGUGUCAUUUCGGACUCUCUGCACUAUCCCAUUGUGAACCUUUAACUCUUAUUCAGAUUCAGUGAUUUGCUAUAAAUGCUUAGGCAAGGCCAUAAUGUUAAAUAUGAUUGUGUCUUUGCUAAUUUUGGAUGUUAAAUUACAAUUUUUAUUCUUUAUUUUAUCACUUCAUUUCAGCUAUAUACACACUAAAGACUGAUUUUUUUAAAUUAAUGGUGACAUCACCACUAUUUAUUUAUGUAUUUAUUAAUUAUUUAUCAUAAUGAUUUUCACUAUGCCUUCAUUUGUAUUUAAUUUAUUCCAUUUGUUUCUAUCCUUUGGUUCUUUGUUCAUCACUUGUUUCAUAUCCCACCACUUCUAAACAUGUCAAAGUAGAGAGGCAGUAGAGUCAAAGGUUCAGCUUUCUUCUUUACAAUGAGAACUGUGUGUGCAACUGUUCAUUUGUUUUUAUGACUGUGUGUGUAUUAUUUAUUGUGAAAAUGUGAUGACUGUUAUGAAAUGUACUGAAUACAAAAGUGAGUGUUUACUAGUUUCUUUUUUGUAUAAAAAAACUCAAAUAAAAAAUUAUUUUUUAAA